GAGAAGGGCAGAUGUAAAAGCAGCCGGAAAUCCUGGCCGAAGUCACGGCGGCUGACAGACUUCCGAAAACAGCCGCGCGACUGAAGAAACGGACGGAAACAACACCGAGUUUAAUUAUAAGAUUCGUGCCGAGUAUAAUUUCCACGACAGAUCAUUGUGUGUAAGAGAAAUGCUAGUAGGAGUGUGUUAGCCCCUCCCACCCAAUAUUUCAAAGACAGUUCAUUUAUGGAUCAUUCAUUACUUCCCGGUGAUGAUGAAAGAGACCUGGCAGAUACUGAGAUACAAGACAUUGAACAAGCAUCUGAAACAUUGGACAAUACAGAAUCUGGACCAGACUACCAUGCAACUAAUGAGGAAGGCUUUGCAGAAGCGGGCCCUCUCGAUGUGAAUUACCAGUCACAAGAUGGCAACAUUUUGUGGAGUCCAUCUCCUCCUCCCCAAACGGCGGCAUCGUUACCAGAUGAAUGUGUCAUUAAAAAGACCCCUGGGCCAUCCAAGUUUGCAUGUUCCCACGUUGAAGACGUUAAAUCAUCUUUUGACUUGUUUUUUUCUAAUGACAUGAGGAAGAUUUUGUGUACGUUGACCAAUGAAGAAGGAAAACGUGUGUUGGGUAAAGGCUGGAGAGAGCUGGACUGGAUCGAUUUGCAGGGAUAUAUUGGCCUGUUGAUUCUGGCAGGCGUUUAUCGAUCUCGCCAUGAAGCCUUAUCAAGCUUAUGGCAUGCUGAGACAGGAAGGCCGAUUUUUCGUGCUACCAUGAAAAUGUCCGAUUUUCAAGCGUUUUCAAGGACGUUCUGCUUGAGCAACAAGGACAAACGACAGGAGAAGCAUGACAAACUUGCAGAAAUUCGAGAUAUUUGGGAAAAAUGGAUUAAACGUCUAAGAAGCAUGUAUAAUCCAGGUGCAAAUGUCACUGUGGAUGAAGGCAUGGUUCGUUUCAGAGGACGCUGUCCCUUUAAACAGUUCAUACCGCAUAAAUUGGGCAAAUAUGGAAUGAAGGUGUGGGCAGCGUGUGAUGCCAGGACGAGUUACGUAUUGAGUAUGCAGGUCCACACUGGCGAGCCUGCUUAUGGACAACCAGAAAAGGAUGAGGCAAGCCGUCUGGUCCUUAACAUGACAUCUGGCCUCCAGGGACAAACCAUAACAUGCCAUAAUUAUUUCACCUCGUAUACCCUUGGGCAGAAGCUGCUCAAAAAGAAACUGACCAUGAUUGGAAAGGUCGAAAAAAAUAAGACUGAGCUCCCACUUGCACUUCUUACGUACCACAAACGGGCUCCAUGCUCGUCCAUGUUUGCCUUUACUGACACACACACAGUUGUGUCUUAUUAUUCUGAACGAAAACGCAUGCUUUUUAUGAGCACACAUCACAAAGAUGACACAGUAAGCAUCGAAGAUGACAAAAAGCCCAGUAUACUCUUAGAUUACAACCGGACCAAAGAUGCCGUUAACAACCUUUACAAGGUUCUUGACAGAUACUCUUGCAAAAGAUCAACGUCUCGUUGGUCCAUGGCAAUUUUCUACAGCAUGUUGGAUGUCUCUGCCUACAAUGCAUUUGUGGUGUGGAAAGAAGUAAAUCCUUUAUGGAAUCAAGGGAAGAGCUACAAAAGGAGACUCUUUCUGGAAGAGCUGGGAAGUGCUCUCGUGUUUCCAUUAAUGGAAAGACGACAGUUUAUUCCCCGCACGCCGGCCUCUCUCAGUGUGUUGAUGGAAGCACAACAUUUGAAAAGACCCCUGCCUUGCCUCCCCAAGAGGAAAAGGUGUCAUGUGUGUGACAAAGAAAAAAAAAACAGAAAAACUUGCACGAUGUGCCAAAAAUGUAAAAUUCCUAUUUGCAAGACACACACUGUUAGUGCUAUCCACUGCCUUGUGUGCUUUAAUUCAUAAACAAUAUUUCAUGAACAGUGUCUUAUUUUAUUUUUUUAUUAUUUGUUACUCUUUGUUUUAUAAGUUAUUAAUUGCUGUUCGGUUUAAUUUAUUGACUUGAAUUCUGAUAAUUCUGCAAAUGUUUACACGUGUUUGAACAUGCUUUAAUUUAUCACUGCAUAUUAUCGAUUGUUUGCUGCUCAUUUCAGUGUAUUCCUGUUUGUUUUUAUGACAUUUGUAUUAAUUUAUUAAGUCGUUGAAUUAAUGUAUUAAGUCUUGUUACUGUUACUAAUAAUGUGGCAUCGUUGCAACAUUGAGAUUUCAAAAUAAAAUUUAUAUAAAAAGUCA